UAUUAAAUAAAUCAAUUGAUUUAAUAAUGAAAGUGAUAUCGGAGUCAAACAAAACGUUUUUAAGAAAUGCAAUAAUCAAUAAAAACAAACGCAUUGACUUGCGGUCGGACCGACAGCACCGGGAGUUGAGGCUUGUGUUUGGCAAACAAUUUGGUACUUGUUUUGUACGAUUGGGACAUACAAUUGUCUUCACGACCGUCACCGCCGAAAUUGUUGAGCCGAAGAUCACGCGACCACAUGAAGGCAUACUAGAUCUCAGUCUAGACUUGAGUUCGGCGUCUGAGAAAUGGUUAGACACAUAUCAGAGGAGUUUACCGCCGGAAGGCAUUCGUGUCUUUAGAUUUCUGGAGCGAACCAUCAAAGACUCGCGUUGUUUGGACACCGAAUCUCUUUGUUUGAUUCCCGGAGAGAAGGUCUGGAAAGUGAAGUGUCAUAACUCAUGUCUUAAUUUUGAUGGAAACCUAUUAGAAGCGACAAGUAUUGCGACCAUCGCUGCGUUAUCUCAUUUCAAACGACCAGACGUGACAGUAACCGAUGAAAAGUUACUGAAAGUGCAUGACUUCGAUGAAAAAAAUCCAUUAAACCUAACAUUACUUCACUUUCCGUUUUGUAUUUCAUUUGCUUUUUUUGUUGACGAAACAAACGAUAAAUUUGUUACAAUAUGUGAUCCAAAUCAAAAUGAAGAAGAAUCGGCUGACUCUUUGUUGAUUAUUGCCGCUAAUACUUACCAUGAAAUUGUUGGUCUUCAUUGUUGGGGUCAACCAGUUAUUGAUUCAGAUAAAGUGGUUAAUUGCUCGCGAAUGGCAAUUGAAAGGUCUAAACAUUUGACAGAAGUUGUAAAGGAAAUGCUUUCAAAUGAUUGUGAAAACAGAAUUAAAUCUGAAGAGACAAUUGGUUUUACAAAUGCUAUUUGCACUGGUAUUAUGUCAUCUAUAGAGAUGCCAUUAUUGAAUUUAUUGGAUGUAAUUAAAUUGAAUCCAAUUGAAGAGGAUGAGCCCAUGGAGGAGAAAGUGGAAAAAGAGGUCACUCAGAAUGUCUAUCUUUACGGUAGAGGUAUUGCUGGAGUUGGAGAAGGAGGCAAAACUCAGUGGCAGUUCAGUACACCAAUGGGUGAUUCGGAUGAAUCUAAUGAUGAAAUAUUUACUGAAGAAGAUAUCAAAAAACAAAAAGAAACAAAAACUGGUGAUAACUCUGAAGAAGAAGAUAUUAUGAUUGUUGGGUCAAUUGGUUUUGAUAAAAGAUAACAUUUUUAUAAUAAGUAAAUUAUUUUUAAUAUACCGUAAUAUUAUAUUUGAUAUGUUAAU